UAUUGCAACCUAUCCAGCCACUGAAGAAAAUUCAAAAAUAAAUAUGAAUUAUCCCGUUGAAUAAAACGAAAAAUCAUGUAUUGCAAGACAACGGGACGUUACGCAUUAUUGACACAUGAAUUACUCAAAAGCAAUGUUGUAUUUAACGCACACCGACCUCUACAAAGGAUCCAGAAAAGAACGUUUUCUCUUCAAAAUACAAUAGAGUCAAUAGCAAAGACACAAACUGGAAUAUUCAAGUCUAUAUCGGAAAGUACACCGGUGGAAUACUGCCAGAAUGUCUUGGUAACUGUUCACGAUUAUUCCGGUUUACCAUGGUGGGCUACAAUCAUAUGCACUACAGUACUAGCAAGGGGUUUCGUAACAUUACCUUUAGCCAUAUACCAGAAUUAUAUAUUAGCGAAACUGGAGAAUCUGAAGCUAGAAAUGCCGGCUAUAGCCAACGAGCUGCGUAAAGAGACCUCAAUGGCCGUGAAAUUGUAUAAAUGGGACGAGAAACAAGCCAGAGCGGUGUUUAACAGAUCAAUACGCAAACAAUGGCAGAAGUUGAUUCUUCGGGACAAUUGCCAUCCCUUCAAAGCGAGCCUGUUGAUGCUGUUCCAAAUCCCUACUUGGGUUUGUCUAUCGGUGUCUUUGAGGAAUUUAGUCUACAUGUUACCAUUGCGUGAUAGUAACGCUGAAAUUAUAUACGCCGAAUUAACGUUAGGAGGCUUUGGGUUCAUCCCGAAUUUAACCGCUGUCGAUAGUUCGUGGAUUCUACCCGUUAGCGUAGGAGUCAUAAAUUUAUUAAUCAUCGAACUCCAAAGGUUAUCCAGACUGAACGAACCGAAUAAGUUGCAGAAAAUUCUAACGAACGUAUUUAGAGGUUUGAGUGUAGUUAUGAUACCUAUAGGGGCUUCUGUGCCUUCCUGCCUCGUGUUGUAUUGGACGACUUCGAGUGCAUUCGGUUUGGUGCAGAAUAUAUUAUUAAUGUCGCCGAGAGUGAAGAGGAUUUGCAAAAUACCCAAAACCCAAUCGGAAAUGGACAGACCGUACAAAUUCGUCGCUUCGAAACUCUUCGAUUCCCCACCCAGAUGAUAAUAAGCGUGUGUAAAGACAAGAAUUAUAAUAAAUU